AUGGUUCAAGAAGGGAUAGUACUUGGUAACAAGGUGUCGCAAAAGGGGCUGGAGGUUGAUAAAGCAAAGAUUGAAGUGAUUGAGAAAUUAACUCCACUAAUUUCAGUAAAGGGGGUUCAUAGUUUCUUAGGUCAUGCCGGUUUCUACCAGAGGUUCAUCAAAGAUUCCUCAAAGAUUGCACAUCAUUUAUGCAAACUCUUAGAGAAAGAGGUGAAAUUCCAAUUUGAUGAUGCUUGUAUGGUGGCUUUCCGGUGCUUGAAAGAGAAAUUAGUAUCCACCCCGUUCAUUAUUAGUCCUGAUUGGUCAGAAUAUUUUGAAGUAAUAUGUGAUGCAAGUAGAACGUUCUUAGGCUCUAAAGUAAUUGUUCACACUGAUCAUGCUGCACUAUGUUACCUAAUGGCAAAGAAGGAUGCAAAACCAAGGUUGAUAAGGUGGGUGCUACUAUUGCAAGAAGUUGACUUUGAGGUCAAAGAUAGAAGAGGUUGUGAAAAUCACAUGGCUGACCACUUAUCAAGGUUAGAAGGCAAGGAGAAUGACGAGCCUGAGAAAUGCGCUCAAUAUCAGAAGCAAGGUGGAGUGUCGAAAAGACACAAGUUAUCCCUUACUCCCAUUUUAGUAGUUGAGUUAUUUGAUGUUUGGGGAAUCGACUUCAUGGGACCAUUUGUGAGUUCCUUUGGUAAUAAGUAUAUCUUGGUGGCAGUAGAUUAUGUUUCUAAAUGGGUGGAAGCUGUUGCACUUCCAAACAAUGAAAGGAAAAGUGUGGUUCAAUUUCUUAAACGCUACAUCUUCGCUAGACUCGGUACUCCUCGAGCUAUCAUUAGUGAUGGUGGAUCCCUCUUUUGCAAUAAAUGGUUCUCAACUGUAUUGAGUAAGUAUGGGGUGAAACACAAAGUAGCAACUCCAUAUCAUCCCCAAACAAACGCUCAAGUUGAAAUGUCAAACCAGGAGAUCAAGAGCAUCUUGGCUAAGACACUGAAUGCUAAUAGGACAGAUUGGUCUCGAAAGCUUGAUGACACACUAUGGGCGUAUAUCACCGUAUACAAAACUCCAAUCAGUAUGUCUCUGUAUCAGCUAGUUUUUGGAAAGUCUUGCCAUCUACCGAUCGAAUUAGAACACAAAGUAGUGUGGGCAUUGAAAGCUUUGAAUUUGGACUAG